AUGACAGAUGUAGCCGUCUCCUGUAGUAAAAUCGUUCUACUCGAUAUAUUCCACCCUAGCAGACCAAACAAUAUCAUAUGUACCUACGCUUUGAUUGAUGAACAGAGUAAUGCCUCUAUGAUCAGCCCAGAGCUCGUAGAUCAGCUCGGUAUGCAGAGUCCUAAGGAAAAAUACUUACUCUCCACAUGUAGCGCGUCAAAGGAAGUAAAAUUCGGCCGUCGGGUUUCAGGAUUACAAGUUAAAUCGUUGAACGGUAACUGUGAAGAUCUACCAACUGUAAUCGAAUGCGAUAACAUUCCAAAGGACAAAUGAGAAAUUCCAACUCCAGAAUUGGCCAAGCGGUAUAAUCAUCUGCGAGAUAUAGCCAACGACAUUCCACCUGUUGAUCCAGACGCUGAAAUUCAGUUGUUAAUCGGUCGGAACGCCCCGGAAAUUAUCAAAGUAAGAACAUUUCGCAAUGGAUCACCUGGUUCGCCGUGGGCACACAAGCUUUGCAUCGGUUGGACAAUUUGUGGGUAUCAAUGUAUCGACCGCCUUGGAGGUCCCAUUCACGUUCUGACUAAUCGAACUGUAUAUCACAACGUGCAAAGACCAAUUGGGAUUUAUGACGCAGCACCCGAAAUUAUACAAAAUCCUGACGUGAAGGAUCAGAGAAAAUCUAAGACUUCCCCUUGCAUCCAACACCACUUUGCACCCUGUCCCAAUAACUUCUCCAUCAAAGAUCCUUUCUCCAAGUCUCGGGACGAGAUACACGUUUACCGGAGAACAGAUCGCGAUAACGAGCCUUCAUUGUCUAUCGAAGACCACCGUUUUCUCAAAGUUAUGGAAUCGACUGCGCAGAAGAACGAAGCGGGAAAUUGGGAACUUCCCUUACCUAUCAAAGCAAAUGAUGUGAGUUUCCCGAAUAACAGAGAAUUCGUUCUUAACCGUCUCAAGAGCCUAAUCAGAUCAUUCCAGAGAAAACCACAACUGGAGGAAGACUACUUUAAGUUCAUGGCAAACCUCUUUCACCGCGGUCAUGCUCAAACUGUCAAAGCCAGUCCACCGCUGAAAGAUGCAAUCUACACUUCUAAACGUGACAAUAUAUGGUACCUGCCCCAUUUUGGUGUGUAUCAUCCACGCAAGCCAAACAAAAUCCGGGUAGUCUUUGAUUCGUCAGCGGUAUUCCAAGGCAAGUCCCUGAAUCGCGAGCUUCUCUCUGGUCCUGAUUUACUUAAUAAUCUUUUGGGGAUCCUGAUCAGAUUUAGAAGAAAAGAAAUCGGUGUUAUGUGCGACAUCAAGCAGAUGUUUCAUGCUUUCUACGUUUACCCUCCGCAUCGAGAUCUAAUGCGCUUCUUGUGGUAUAAAGAUAAUGACAAAGAAAACGAAAUCGUUGACUACAAGAUGACUGUGCAUAUCUUCGGAAACACCUCAAGCCCAGCAGUAGCAACAUUUGGAUUACGGAGGACGGCAGAUGAAGGGAAGGAAGAAUUCGGUGAUGCAGCGAACAAGUUUGUCCUUGACGACUUCUACGUGGACGAUGGAAUGACAUCUUGUGACACCGUAGGCGAAACUCUGCAGUUGAUAAAGGUUCGAAAGGUAAAGCUAGUCACGGCGACAUACGGGGAGAAGAAGCAUUACGUACGACCUAUCAAGGACCUGGUAUUUAUUAUGCAUGCUAAUAAAUAA